AUGGCGCAGCGGCUGUCUCCAGCAUUUUUCGCUAAUGGCCAAUUACGCACUAUUGACGAGUCAUACUUUGUGAAACCUUUAAAGACCAUCCAAAAAGAGGAAAUAUUAUACAACUACGUGAAGGCGGAGCCAUGGGAGACAUUUGUGGACGAGAUUCGUGGUAGCGAUUAUGUCCAGUUGGAUAUAUUCUUGGGCACCGUUUCCUUUGAACAGCAUCCGCUAUGUGGAGAAGAGGACAAAAUAGCUGUGCGGUUGCGCGCGCUUUAUGACGAACAGUUGAAGCGUAUGAAUGAGAUGACGGACACACUUGUAAACAUUGAAAAUCUACCUAGUGGUGCCAACCCCUCCGCUCUUCGGGAGCACGUUGACUUGCUCUAUCGGGAUAUACGCAGAGCUGCUGACAACUUGCAAAGGGAAUACGGUGAACUGGAAAAUUGUCGCAAUCGCCAAGGUUACAGUAUUACUCCGCUGAAAUACGCUACUGAUGAAGAAGAUGAAUCCGGGCAAGUUUGA